GAGAAAAGACAAAGUUGCGGCCCUCGCCACAAGACACUUGGAGCACCUCAAGUCUGGUGUCGCCAGGCGCUGACCCAGUCACAGCCACACCGGAAGUAGGGGUCGCACGUGGCCCAGCAGUCGCCACACUGCACCGCACCGUGCACAGACUGAUGUUGAGACAGCGCCGCCUAGUGGCUGGCAGCAAACAGUUGACAACACGAGACAGAGCUGCAGCUUGCAGGAUGAUUGGAUACCCAGGAUACCCGCUGACAGCCACCCUGCUGGUGCUGGCGUUGUGCUUAGAGAGGGGAGCCGGCCAGGUGUGUCCGUACGGCUGGUAUGGGAGGCCGGGCAGCGACUCCUGCUACCUCAUCAACACCGACUCCACCAAGUACAAGUGGCCGGACGCCGUGGACAAGUGCCAGGCGUAUAACGGACAGCUGGUUGUCAUCUCAGAUACUCAGGAGAGGGACUGGUUGUUUCAAACUCUGGCGGACGUGACAGCAGCUGUACCCAGUGUCGACAGCUGGUGGAUUGGCAUCAAGUUCCAGGACAGCAAGUACUCCUGGGUCGACGACACCCCGCUCAACAACUCGCUUGUGCCGUGGGACAAGGGUCUACCCGGCGACUCCCAGGGUCCGUGUGUGGCCAUCGUCAGGCAGAAAGUCAGCAACUACACCUGUCUGAACUGGUGCAACCUGCUGUGUGAGCGGUUUAAAAGUGUACCCCUGCAGUGUGACGUGGACAACAAGUGGAAUUUCAUCAAUGGCUCGUGCUUUAAGAUCUACCCGGACAAGCGCACUUGGCAAGACGCAAAGCAGAUGUGCGACCUGCAGGACAGUCAACUGGCCAAAGUCUCCUCAUUCACUGCGCAUGCCGACUUGUGGGACGCGUCAAGACGUCUGGGCGUCAACCUGUGGGCGGGGCUACAGGCUGCCAAUAACUCAAGUCAGCUUGUGAUGACGUGGACAGACGGUAGCCACCUAGAGGCGACUGAUCAGAACUUCUGGGUGGACGGGCAGCCCAGCCUCGCUCCGAACACCACCCAGUGCAUGUACAUCAACGGCGGCAUCCCUCGCCGUCUCAAGUCCUGGCAGCUGGGCGACUGUAACUCUCUCAACGGCUACACGUGUCAGAAACCGCCAGGUGAGUGCCAGGACGGGUGGCUGACACACCAGAGCACGUGCUUCAAACUGUUUGACGACAUGCAGUCAUGGAGCGUGGCUAACCUCACGUGCACUGGCAUUGGAGGACAGCUGGUCAACCUGGCAUCACCGUCUGACCAGAUGUUCCUGCAGCGUUACCUCCCCGUGUUUGCCAGCGAGUACGUGGACAGCAUCUGGAUAGGACUGAACGACAACGGCAACGACUACGGUCCCAUCACGUGGUCUGGCGGCAAAAACAUCGGCAACGCCACGCACUGGGCCGAAAACCCGCCCCCCAACAACACCGUCGGCAACCUCGACUGCGGCUUCAUAGACACCAGUGACUCGGAGGGGCGAUGGCAGUUAACGUCAGACUGCACGGUGAUUCGAUCCUGGGUGUGCACGAUACCCGUCAACACACCCGUGCAGCCAAUGCCCACGUCUGUGUCGCCCUACAUGUGUGACCCCAUGUGGAUCCAGUUCGGACUCAGCUGCUACUUCUUCUCCGACGGCCCUGAGAUCUGGUCUGAUGCUCGCAGGAUGUGCAAGAGCUUUGAGGCCGACCUGGUGGUCAUCACUGGCGACAGGGACCAGGCCUUCCUCAACCGUCACGUGACAGGAGGAGACUUCUGGAUUGGACUACACGACAUCAUCGUAGAAGGCACGUGGCUUUGGGUCAACAACAACCAGGCACGUGACUGACGGGCGCUCGUGUGUGUGUGUGUGCGUGCUAUAGUCAGCUGUCAACACACGUGUGUAACUGUACAUUGUGUGACGACACCAGACUUUCAUGAUAAUAAUGAUGAUAAUAAUAAUGAAUGCAGCUCUUUGUUCACGUAAAAUAAUCACCUACCCGGACACUAACGGGUGAACUUUCACAAGAGACUUUCCAGUGACACAAGUGACACAAACCAGCG